CGAUAGUGCUGCUCGUCGAACAUCGACCGUGGCCGUCGAUUAUCGAAAUCGCGAUCGAUCAUCGUCCAACGUAACCUGUUACGAAACUGACAGAUCGAAUGGAAAAGUCAUCGUUGCGUAGUUCGUGGUCGGGAUGAAAGCGUAUUCACGAACACGCUGCGAAACGACGACUAAUGAUGACACGUGAAAUCGUUUUGAGCAUUGUUCCGCGCGACACCAGUGACACCAGUCCAGAUCCGGGAAUCGAAACGGGAUGCUGCAAGCGUGUAUCGGCCGAGGUUUUCGAAACGAUAAGAGCCGCCAUGUGGGGAGGAGAGCAGAAGAUAAUAAAAAGGAGUAGGUUGGAAGAGGAAGUGUGCGUGCCCUGGGUGAACUGUCAAAUGAUGUCGGAGUUCCCAGUGGAGGGAGGGGAAAACGGUGACAUGCACACUGUCAUGGAGAAUUUCCAGAAGAAGAACAACAUGGUGCCCGGCAGGAGCACCCAUGUCACCCAUCAUCCACAGGUCACCUCGUCGUCGCAGAUGCUGACGACGAACCAGAGCCAGAGCAGCAGCAGCAGUUCGAGCAGGGUGGCCAAAUCCUCUCAGAGGAUUCUUACCUCGUCCUCAUCGAGUGAGAUGAAAGCAAGCUCCAUGAAGAGCGACUUGAGGGAACUUCAACGCGGCAUAUCAGAGAUGAAAAACAAUAUUUCGACAAACUUCUCGCAGAGAUUGCGCAGCAGCAUGGAAAACCUCGUGGACAGGGAUGGAAACGGGACGGAAGAAGGGGACCUGACGGAGCCUCUGGUGACGUUUCCGGAUCCGGACACGCCGCCACCAACCACUGGAACCAGUGCCUUAACUGGAGGAUCGCCAUCCCAGUUGACCUCCCUGAACUCGUUGAACAAUCUUCACAACAUGAGCCCCCCGAUCAGCAUGUCGAACAUUUCGAACAUGACGAACCUUCCUGCUGGACAGGAAACGAUGAAAUUCGAACAGAAGAAGAUGACCAGCGCGUCCAAGACCAAGGUUGUCACGGACGGCUUCAGCGCCGAGAAGGCGACAGCGAACAGCGCCGAGAUGAGAGCUUUGCAAGCUGGCGACGUCUCUUACAAGGAGCAGAGCGCUGCAACAGCGGCCAGGGCGCGCGUCGAACUCGAUGGCGUGUCAGCUGAGAAAAGCGUGGCCGCGGCAAGGGAACAGAGAAGCCUAAAAGCUGGCGACCUGUCGCAUCAGGAGAGCAAUAACAUGGCUGCCUCUACGAUGAAGCUCCAAAGCGAUUCCUUCAGUUCGGAAAAGAAAGCGCAACAACAAAGACAAACGGUCACUUCGACUGGGAUCUUCAACCACGAGAAACACAUUUCUCCAGCCAGUUCGCAGUCAAGUAUCACGAUUGCGUCCAAAAGAGUCACAUCAAAAUCGUCGACGAUCAGCGCAGCGAAUGCAGUGAAUCAGCUGAUGAACGGCAUGAGGCCAGCCGAAGACGAACUCCUUUCCUUACCCCUGGACGAUCUGGAUCUUCUAUGUUCAAAAUCAAAUUCUCAGGACGUCGAUCGAGCCAUCGUCAAAUACUCCAGUUUUUCGGACAGUUUUGUAAAACGUCUAAAGGCUAACGAUUGCAAAAAUGGCAAAGCACCUUUGUUGUUGAACAGAGUGAACGAAAUAAUUAGGAAAGCAUGGGCAGUCCCCACUCAUGGUCACGAACUGGGCUAUAUCCUCUGCAACACCCUCAGAACGAGGGGUGGUCUUGACCUAUUACUGUCCAACUGUAUAGCCAGCGACCACGAGCUACGGUUCUCCUUAGCCAGGUUGUUAGAACAAUGUCUGACUACAGAAAACAGGGCACACGUGGUGGAACGUGGUCUAGAAAAGGUAGUGAACGUUGCCUGUGUGUGCACGAAGAAUGCGAACUCAGUAGACCACUCUAGAGUAGGUACUGGAAUCUUGGAACAUCUGUUCAAACACAGCGAAGGAACCUGUAGCGAUGUGAUCAGACUGGGUGGUCUAGAUGCCGUCCUAUUCGAAUGUAGGAAGAAUGACGUUGAAACGUUAAGGCACUGUGCCGGUGCCCUAGCCAAUCUAUCACUAUAUGGUGGUGCAGAGAAUCAAAAAGCUAUGAUCAGAAGGAAGGUACCCAUGUGGCUGUUCCCCCUAGCUUUCCAUAAUGACGACAACAUUAAGUACUAUGCCUGCUUAGCAAUUGCUGUAUUAGUAGCCAAUAAGGAAAUAGAAGCUGCGGUAUUGAAAUCUGGUACCUUGGAUCUAGUUGAACCAUUCGUCACCUCGCAUAACCCCUACGAAUUCGCCAAGUCGAAUCUAGCACAUGCACAUGGUCAGAGCAAGAACUGGCUAGAGAGGCUGGUACCAGUGUUGAGCUCGAAAAGAGAGGAAGCUAGAAACCUGGCAGCCUUUCACUUCUGCAUGGAGGCGGGUAUCAAGAAACAGCAAGGCAAUACCGAGAUCUUUCGAGCGAUAGGAGCCAUUGAGCCGUUAAAGAAAGUAGCUAGUUGCCCUAAUGCAAUUGCCUCCAAAUACGCGGCGCAGGCGUUGCGUCUAAUUGGAGAGGAGAUUCCUCAUAAACUCAGCCAACAGGUACCCCUUUGGUCCACGGAAGACGUCCGGGAGUGGGUGAAGCAAAUUGGAUUCGCGGAGUGUGCACAGAAUUUUGUAGAAAGUAGAGUGGAUGGUGAUCUAUUGUUGCAGCUGACGGAGGAGAAUCUCAAGGAAGACAUUGGUUUAACAAAUGGCAUCAGACGAAGACGAUUCACCAGAGAAUUGCAAAAUUUAAAGAAGAUGGCUGAUUACAGUAGUAGAGAUACAGGAAACUUGAAUAGCUUCUUACAGUCUAUUGGUCAGGAAUUUUCAAUUUACACAUACAGUAUGCUCAACGCUGGCGUUGACAAGGAUUCUAUCAGAAAUCUAUCUGAAGACCAAUUACAAACUGAGUGUGGCAUCGCAAAUAGUAUUCAUCGGUUAAGGAUAUUGGACGCCAUUAAAAAUAUGCAACACAAUCAGUUGGGUUCUUCAGAAGAUGAAUCGCCAGACAAAUCGUUAGACGUAUUCGUUAGCUAUAGAAGGUCAAAUGGAUCUCAGUUGGCCAGCUUAUUAAAGGUCCAUUUACAAUUGCGAGGCUUCUCUGUAUUUAUCGAUGUCGAAAGGCUGGAAGCUGGCAAGUUUGACAAUAACUUACUGCAAAGCAUUAGACAGGCGAAACACUUCCUCCUUGUGCUAACGCCCAAGGCUUUGGAAAGGUGUAUACGAGACAAUGAGUGCAAAGACUGGGUCCAUAGGGAGAUUGUAGCAGCUCUACAGUCACAGUGUAAUAUAAUUCCAAUCAUAGAUAACUUCCAGUGGCCAGAACCUGAAGAACUUCCUGAAGAUAUGCGAGCAGUUUGUCAUUUUAAUGGUGUACGAUGGAUCCACGAUUACCAAGAUGCCUGCGUAGACAAGGUUGAAAGGUUUAUGCGAGGUGAAAUACCAGUCAGAACAGAUAUGCCAAGAACCAUCGCGCCUAAAGAUGUGACGCAGCCAAACACACCUGGUAACACAAACAUUCGACAACCACCAAACUACCAGCGAAUGCAUAGUAAUGAAAGCAGAGGUAGUGAUAAGGAUUCAACAGGGGGGCGAGAUUGACUAGAGGGCCCGCCCACAGCCAUACUGAGCAGGCUUAGAAAAUCGUCAAGUCCGUCCCGUUGGUUAAUGCGUUUUCCGCCUACGUCUCCGCGAUUGAAGUUUACCCAUACCCAACCCGGAGGGAGUCCAGUGCCACGAAGGCCACCACGACAUCCCCCUUCUCCAUCCACGAGAUCCCGUUCUUUGGAACUGCUAGAUCAAGAUGAGAAGACAUCAAUCUCCCCUGUUAAAGAGCCAGAAGUACAAGCGAGACCAAGGUCCAAUAGCUUGGAUGGUUUGUUAGAUGAAGAUGGUUUAGUAUCAGACAUGAAGACUGAAGAUUCCCUUAAACCAAGCAUUGAGAACAAAAUUGACUCUAGAAUAUCCUCGGAGGUUUUAAAGAGACUUUCUGAUACUAAAUUAGAAGAUACUCCUUUUCAAAUUACUACUCCGCAAAGGGCACAGAGCAAAGUAGAAGAAGAAUCAACUGUUAAUCUUCAUUCUUAUAAGUCUAAUAACGAUCAGAAAACAAAAUCGAACGAGAGUCAAAGUCCAAUACCAGUUCCUAGACAACGAUUGAAAACAGUUGCAGAAACGAAAUCGGAGCCUGUCAACACUGUAACGUUGUCAACUGUAACUUCAAACGUAGAGGACGAGAAGGAAGACUCUCAAACAAGUUCAGAGAUUGUUGAUCCUUGUGAUGAUAAUGCAGAAUUAAAGGAACGAUUGGUGGUAACGGGAAACGAUAAGUCGACACUGCUCAAAGCCAAGAGCUGUGGUGCGGGUUUAGAUUCCGACGAAAGUAUUUCAUCAAACGAAUACAAGUCCAGAUCACGGGAGCAGGGCUCACUGCUCUCGCUUCCAACAGGGGUUGAACCGAAACGAAAGAAAAACUUUAUGGAUAAAUGUGUAAACAAGGUGCGGUCUUUCAUGAGGAAAUAACUCUCGUUGAAUUACGGCGAUACAAAGACUUGUUAUUUAAUUUUAUGAUGAUUAAUUAUAGUAUAUCAACAUGUUGUCGACCGAGCUUGGUGAUUCCAGCUACGCGACGUUUCGCAACCAAAUGUCGUAUACAUUCGCUCGUCGUUCAAACUGUUUUUCUACUCUGUAUUACAAGUUGUUUUCGAGAUGUACAGAUAAACUCGCCUCGAUAAACAGUAUUUCCUUUCCCUAUUUUUUAUCUCAAUGAUAUAUUAUGUAAUGAAUGUACAUAUUUAGGAUGUUCAAACUAAAGAAAGAAAAAAGAAAAAAAUAAUAUAAUGUUUUCCGAAAGUCAAAUUAUUACUAGCCGCGACUAUACACGAUACUUAAAGAAUGUACAGCGAAUAAAAAAUGGUUAUGAAGCAUCGCCAUGGUAAAGUUACGAUAUAUUGUUGUAUCUUCACCUCUGUACAAUGACAGGCAGCAUAAAAAUGUAACAAAUGUUGUGCCUAUUAUAAAGUGUCUUCUUAGAAAUUAGAAGAUGUGAGAUUUUUCUCCAACGAACAUGAAAGAGU